GUGCAACGCCUGCAGCGAUGUCAUUACUGCGUCGUGCUGCAUGCCCGCAAAGGGUCGUACCCAAACGUGUGUGCGAGGCUGUUAAGAAUCCCCUGAUCGGAGGGCCAAAUCAGAAGGCUCGUGGUGCUAUAACCAGUGGGUUCGCCGGUGGAGGCGCUAAGAGAUUGGGAGGCAAAGGCUAUGGUAUUAUGGCUGAUUGGUGUGACCACGGCUACAGUUUCACCAAGGGACAGGCGAUCACAGGCAUGCCCCAUUGGCCCCUGUGGUGUGGUGGCGGCGUUCCUGACAAGUUCAUCAAGAUAGACCCAGAUGUACAUUUCAACCUACAGGGUUAUCGUGAGCGCAUCGGAUGGUAUGGAUUUUUCACUGCAUUCCUGCAAGCCAACUACCACGCCUUUGUCUACUUUGUGAGGUUCAUUCCUAUCAACAUUGCUAUUUUCUGGAUCUAUGUUAAUGAACGCCAAAGAGAACCGCAGGAGAAUGUCAUGGAUCACGAAGAGUUCUUCAGGGACUUCGACUCUAUCUACCUCGGACAAGUGUUCGACCAUCAUCGAUUCGCUGAGUGGCUAGCUCGUCGCCGUGCCUUGAAGUGGGGUUAUGCAGAUCAGAUCCAUAUUCCUCCUGUGCACUAAUGUCCGACAUGGUCCUUCUGUGAGCAUAUCAUCCGUAUGAGGAGAAGAAGGUCGUUAGUAUUUAUUUUGAUAAGCACAGGCAGGGGCUAUGACGCCCCGGCCCGAACCAUUUGAGGGGCAUCUGUGGAAGAUGCACGGCAGCUUGAUUGUCUUAGU